GUCCUGGCACUCCCCCAUCCAUUCCAUUCAUUCAUCCAUCCGCUCAUCCGUCCGUCCACAAAUCCUUCGCUCGGCCGCCCUCGUUGCUCUCCGGCAAGCGGCCCCUUCCUCUCCCCAAGCUCUAUUCUCUCGCCCGGUCCUGUCCCUCUCGGCCUCUUGGGUCGGCUCCCUGGCAUUCGCUCCCCUCCCGCCCCGAGUCUCCGCAGACCAUCGAUAUCUUUCCGCCCGUCAACGUCGCUCGUUGUCUCGCCUGCCGUGGUCUUGUCUUGAUGUCGUCCCAGCCUGCCACCCAAGAUGCCUUCUCCUCCACUAUCUCCAGUGCCUCGCUGUCGCUAGCAGCCUCGACCAGCAUCACCAGCUCUGGGUCCAGUCCUUCGCCGUGGCUGCAGACCUCGGUCUCGGCCGCAAAUCUGAUGCCGAUGCCAACAUCGUCGCUCCAGAACACCGUCACGGCCGACCCCUCGCAGCUGUCAGCGACCCUGACCAGCCCCUCGGCUUUCGGCAUUGCCGCCGCCUCCCGCUCGCCUAUCCCGACAGACACCCGCAGCCCCAGCUGGGCGGCUCCCCUGCCGCCGCCGCCGCCCUUCGACUCCCGAAUCAUCGUCGCCUCGCUGGUCGUCACGGGUGCCAUGACCCUGAUCGUUGUCGCGGGUCUGAUAUACCGAUCUCGGAAAGUGGCUGCCCUAUCGUCCAAGCACUUUGGCUACAAGGUCGAUUCGUCGCCGCAUCCUUCCAUCACCUUUCCCCCAACACCGCCGCCUGGGGCCUCUGGUCUGACAGCCAAGCGCUUCUUUGGCUUUCCCAGUCCCCGGUCGGCCCCUCCGCUGGCGUCCACCCGUCUGCCCAUAUCGACGCCGCUGUUCUUUGACGGCGAGGGCUCCUGGAACCAUGUUGUCACCACCAGCUCCUUCUCAGCCUCCACUCCGGCACCAUAUUGGCCCAGCACCGAUCCGUCGCGCCCCUUCUCGCCAACAAGCCAGAGCGUCACGGGCUUCAACGAGCAUAUCCAGCUCGGCUCUGUCAAGUCGACCAUCUCCUCGGUCCACUCGGGCUCAGGCUCGGGCUCGCUGUCGCUGCUACAGCCGGUCAAGGACCUUGUCAAGCCUGUCGUCAAUCUCGCCAAUGCCGCGACCGAGCGAUUGACCAAAAAGUCGUCCCAUCGCCGCAAGAACAGCGACGACCCGCCGCAGCAGCAGCUCACCUUUGUCUCGGGCACGAUGGCCUCGGGCGCCUCCUCGGACGAACCUGUUCCGGACUCGGAUAUCAUUGGGUACGACGUGGUUAUCCCAGGCUCCCGGCCAUCGUUCGACUCGUCGUCAGGGAGACCCUCUCUCGAUUCCCAGCCAGGCUCUGCAUCCGACACCGUAGCGUAUCCACCAAAGUCGGCCGUCCGCCCAUCGCUCUUGUCGCCGCAACGGUUCCCUGAUGUCCAGCAGCACACCUCGCCCGUCUCGAGACAGUUCCCCGAGCGCUUCCCCUCGCCCGUGACCCGACAUUCGUCGUCGGUGAAGUCAAAGCCGCACUCGCCCUUGGGCACCGUCCCACCAACGGCCGCCUCGGUCUCGCCCUUGUCGCCGUCCCGGUUGGAUUACCCAUCCACGGUUUCGCCGGUAGCAUCCAGCCCGCUGUAUCGCCAGCCACCCGACGCAACAGGCGCCACCGUCAACGUAUUCGACAACUUUGACGAUCCCAUCGAUGACGAUGACGACACCCCUCCCUUCUCGUACAGCCACGAGAGCGUCUUUCGUUUCUCGAUGCAGUCCGAUCACAUCGACGCCCUGGAGUCUGGCCUGGAUAUGCAGCCGGUCGCCAAGCCGUCUCCCACUUCAAGCUCCGACGCCACCCUGGCUGACGAGCACGGUCAUCCUCAGGAUCCCAAGUCAUCCAUGGAGCUGUCGCCCUUCAGCGACAAAUAUGCCCUGCAUUCCGCUACUCCACCCAGCAUCAGCCGAGUACCCACGCCAUCGGCCCUUGCACACCAUCGCUUGGAAGAACUUCGCAAGGAAGCCACCUUCUACCCGCCGGCCCGUCCCGACCUUGAGCGCGGCGACGAUCCAGGCUCUCUGUCUCGCAACUGGGACACCCGGUCUGUCUUUUCAGAGCAGACUGAGCCGAGUCUGUCGCGAUAUCUCUAAUCUCUCGUUGCGUCUGUCAUGCUCCGGUCCUUUCGGGUCGGGCCCCGGUCUCUUGCCCCUCCCCCAUUCCAUCCCAUCCCACUCCACUCCACCCAUUCUCCAUCCGCGGUCUGCGAGUCAGUCCGGGGCUAGCAAUCGAUUGACAGAAUGCUGUCAUCGUCACUGCUCCUCCCCCAUGCAUAGCUUGUCGAUAAUACACAUAGAUUUUGUUUCCCCAUCGCA